AUGCAGAGCCUGAGGCUUCUCCACCAUUACAGCACUGUCGUCUACCCAGCGCUCGGCCGCGACGAGACGACUGUAACACUAUGGAAGACGGUUGUACCUGAGAUCGCCUUCUCUCAUGAGUUUCUCAUGCAUGGAUUACUCGCCAUGUCGGCACUGCAUUAUGCUCGCAGCCACCCGGAGCAGCGGAGACAAUAUGUCCUCGUAUCAUCAUACUAUCAGAACCUUGCUCUGCAGUACUUUGCAACGCGACUUCAUGAUAUUAACGAGGAAAACUGCGAGGCCUUUUUCCUCCUUUCUACAUUCAUCUUCAUAAUAACCAUGUGUUCGAUUGCAGAUCCGCAAGACUUGGAUACGCCCAUCUCUCCACGCGAUAUCGCCCAAUCGUUCACGCUUCUGCAGGGAAUCAAGACCAUCCUUGCUUUCAAGCCAUUGGCAAGAUGGAGGGAACAGGGGCCGCUGGCGCCACUACUACAACCCUGGGCACCUGUCAAGCCAACGCAUUCCGGGCCAUUCUUGGUGCAAAUGGACCGGGUCUCCAAUCUGGCCAGAGACAUCGACCCAUCCUUCGAGGUCAUCAACCCCCAGUCGUCCUGUUUGUUGGCCAUCGAAUCUCUCAGAACCACCUACCAUUCUACAAAUGGAGAGGAUAACGAGAAGGGCAUCCCACGUCGUAUGUGGCUCUGGCCAAUCACUUUGACGAACCUAUUCAUCGAGCUGAUCGGUAAUAAUCACCCCGUUGCGCUUAUUAUCCUGGCACACUUUGCCGCACUGGCUCGGCCAUUUGAGCGUCAAGAUUGGGUUAAUCAAGGGUGGAGUAGGAAUAUUAUAGAGGCAGUGUCGCGAAGUUUGGGUGAGGAAUGGCAACAAUGGGUGGCCUGGCCUCGGCGAUCCGUACAGGAGUGCAUUGACGUGGAUGACAUGGAUGUAUAG